AGUAUGAGAUGCCGUGCACUCGGACGUGCCCUGCCUAAGCGGCCGACUAGGACGGCAACGACUACGUCACCCCGAUGGAUGAGCAGCAUCUCCCAGCGCCCCAACUCAGACUACGUCUCGUUCCCGGGGGCGCUCAAGAGCGCCUUUACCAACACUCUCGAGUUCCAGAGCCCGCAGUCGUGGACGGCGCUCCCGACGUACAGGGUAGUGGACCAGAACGGCGACGUGGUGGACGGGACCUUCCAGCCAGACAUCGGCGCCGAGGCCAUCGAGAAGCUGUACACGGACAUGCUCUACAUCUCCAUCCUGGACCUCAUCAUGUUCGAGGCGCAGCGUCAGGGCCGCCUGAGCUUCUACAUGGUCAGCGCGGGGGAGGAGGCCGUAUCGGUGGGCAGCUCGAGCGUGCUGGACCCGGACGACGUCAUCUUCUGCCAGUACCGGGAGCAGGGAGCCUUUCGGGAGAGGGGGUUCGGCACGGGGGACUUUAUGGCCCAGCUCUUUGCCAACAGGAACGAUCCCGGCAGGGCGAGGAGCAUGCCUGUUCACUAUGGGAGUGCCAAGUUGAAUAUCCAUACGAUCUCAUCGCCACUCGGAACUCAACUGACGCACGCGGCGGGAAACGCAUACGGCCAGAGGCUACGGCGACUACAUGAUCCCGGGGUCAAGCCGGUGGUGACGGUGGCGUACUUUGGCGAGGGGACGUCGUCGGGGGCCGACUUCCACGGGGCGCUCAACAUCGCGGCGACGCGGUCGUGCCCGAUCAUCUACGUGUGCCGCAACAACGGGUUCGCCAUCUCGACGCCGACGCUGGAGCAGUACCGGGGGGACGGGGUGGCGAGCCGCGGGACGGGGUACGGCAUCGACACGAUCCGGGUGGACGGAAACGACGUGUGGGCGGUGCGCGAGGCGGUCAAGCGGGCGCGCGCGCUGGCGCUGGAGGAUGGCGGGAAGCCGGUCCUCGUCGAGGCCAUGUCGUACCGCGUGUCGCACCACAGCACGUCGGACGACUCGUUCGCGUACCGGGCGCGCGUCGAGGUCGAGGACUGGAAGCGCCGCGACAACCCCAUCGCCCGGCUGCGCAAGUGGAUGGAGUCCCGGUCGCUCUGGGACGACGGGCGCGAGAGCGAGGCCAGGGACCGCUUCAGGAAGGAGAUCCUGCGCGGCAUAGCCGAGGCCGAGAAGGAGAAGAGGCCGCCGCUGCGCAUGAUGUUCGAGGACACCUACGAGGAGCUGACGCCCCAGCUCAGGGACCAGAUGGACCAGCUCAGGGCCGUCAUGGAGAGGUACCCCGACGAGUAUGACGUCGGCGAGUUCGAGGGCGGGGUGGAGAGUCUGAGGAACAGGUCCAAGGUGGUGGGAUGA